AUGGCCUCUGAGCGGCGGAGGAGCAUAGGCUCCAUGUUCGGCUCCAAGGACAGGGACAACACGCUGGCGGCACCACGGGCACAGUCAAAGGGCCCGGACUCAUCCACCGUCUCAAUUGCGAGCAGCGACGGCAACGAUGACUUGUUGCGCAAGUCAAGUGACGGGGCCAUGGACCGCCUCAAGAGUCGCCAGAACUCCGACGACGGCCGCAGCGACGUGUCGUCGUCACAUCGGCGGCGCAUGUCGAAGCUCUUCAAGGGACGCAAGAAGAGCAAAGGCUCCCUCAGCCAUGACGACGUGUCGCAAUCCGACCCCAAUGAGGUGGUCCCUCCCGUUCCUACAAUUAGACGUCCGAGCAUGGGUCACCCGUACCAGAGCGACGACUCGCUCGGCCUCGCAAAGAGCGUCGCAAGCAGUCUGCUCACCGACGACUCAGACACGGAAUCCCCUCCACCACUCAAACGCCCCGGCAUAUCACCACAUCAGUCGCAUGCCGGCCUCUUGACCUUGUCGUCGCCCCUGAUCGCUUCCGAGACCCUCGAUUCUGCAGACUCCACCGAUGUCACUCUCGUAAACUCCGAAACCUCCAUCGAGGAGCCCACCACUCGGAAUUUCAAUAAUACCAGCGACGUCGCUGUGAACAAGCGGGGCGUAUCUCCUGUUGGCAAGCUCAAGGAAGCUUUUACUCCUAAUCGCAGAUCCACGUCUCCGGCUCCUAAGCCCGGUGCUAGCCCUGAGCCCGCAAGACCGAGCACGAGCGGAGGUGGACUAGGAGCGCUGUUUGGAGGGAAGAAGCGCGAGACAAGGGUGUUGGAUGAUCCGAUUCAAGCCUCACCACCACAGAUACAGAUACACACAGAGGGAGAGACAAAGUCCACCCCGUCGUUGAGAUCUGUCGCCCCAAAGCGCAUCAUCACCUCGCUCCCCGCGACUCCUCCCAAUUUAUCUGAUGCCCCCACGACCUUCAUAACUCCACCCACGCCGACAGACGGGAAGGCUUCUUCUCCGACAGAAUUGAAUAGCUCAAAAAACACUGUGAAACGCACCAAUACUGAGACAAACCCCAACGUAGUUGUAUCCCCCUCGGGGAAUAUGAUAUCGCACAGACGCGUACGAUCAGCCACCAAUCCUCCAAGUAAGCUAUCGCAUUCGUCCAUACCACCCCUCACCCCUCAUCUUGAGGAAGCAAAAACCCCCGGAGGGACUGCUGUACUUCCAUCAUCUCCUGGCGGACCUGGUGGAUUCUUUGCUUCCAUCUUUUCCGCAGCUCAGAACGCAGCGAACAACUUAGGCGAUACCAUUGCGAACAGCGCAAACCCGAAGAACAAACCCAGUCAGCAACAGCAGAAAGACGAGGACAAUACUGCUGACGGCGGCGAAGAAGUUAUUGGACCCGAGAACGUCGACACCACCACAAACGAAGGUACUGAGAAGCGCCGGCCUGCCAUUGAAACACUUGGAUCUGGAAACUUGAGCUUAGCCCAACUUGGCAUUGCUGAGAGCAACGAGGUCAGCCCCAUGUCAUCCGCGACCAACGUCACGAUGAAGGCGGAUGAAGCUUCGGCCAAGGUCGAGGAUAGAGCCGCUGCACAAGCUGUGUCUGCCGCUUACGCAGGGGAAAAGCCUCCAUCGAUUGCUAGUGAGCGUCCACGAUCACUGACAGCUGUUUCUGGUCAGUCAGGAGCGGGUGCAGCGUCCCCUCCACGACAACCUGAAAUAACAGACUCACCGGCAUCCAUCGGACGCCAAGGUAGCAUACGCAGCCGUAUAAGCGGCGGCAGACGGAGACGGCAUAGAGGCAGCUCCGCUACAACCGGAAAUACUUUAGGCGGGGUCAUCACUGCGAGCACAAGUACAUUGGCUCCAAGCGCAGCAUUGAACAGCCACCGUCUAAACGGAACUGGAUUCGCGGUUGCACCCCCUAGGCGAAAUAAGGAUUUCCACGCCUUGUUCAAAAGCGUUCCCGAGGACGACUAUCUGAUCGAGGACUAUAGUGCAGCCCUUCAGAAAGAGAUCCUGCUUCAUGGGCGUUUGUACGUUUCCGAGGGCCAUCUUUGCUUCUCCAGUAACAUUCUCGGAUGGGUCACGAACUUGGUCAUCAGCUUUGACGAGGUUGUGUCUGUCGAGAAGAAGUCCACAGCCGUGCUGUUCCCGAAUGCCAUCGUUAUUCAGACGCUUCAUGCUCGCAACGUUUUUGCGUCGUUCCUAUCGCGAGAUUCUACCUACGACCUGAUCAUCGGCAUCUGGAAAAUAUCCCAUCCCAAUCUCAAGUCAUCUCUUAAUGGUGUAACUCUGGAUGGUUCCGGUGGUACUGGCGACAAGACUGAGAAGGCAGAAUCUAUUGGCAGUGAUGACGGUUCCCUUCAAGAUUCAGAUGAUGAGGUGUACGACGAAGAUGCGGACGAUGAUGAGGGCACUGGCAGCUUCACCGAACCCGGUGAAGGUAGUAUAGCUGGCAGUGAAGUUGGUUCCGUAGCGGGCGAGACCACCCGGAAAGUGAGCGGUGCAGUAUCACAAGCCUUUGGUGGUGGUGGCGAGACGACUGAAGCCGCCAAAGCCGCCACGAGUGGCGCUGCGGCUGCAGGACAAGACUUCCCUGGUUCAGCAACACAUGCACCUACUGAGUGUGGCGAUAACGAUCAGCAUUACGACAAACUGCUCAUUGACACAACUAUCCCAGCACCUUUGGGCAAGGUUUACAGCUUAAUGUUCGGCCCCGCUUCUGGCGUGUUCAUGCGCAAAUGGCUGGUCGAGGACCAAAAGUCGAUGGACCUCCAGAUGGAAGAUGACAAAAAGGGCUUAGGUGAAGACGUGAAAACGUUCAACUAUUCCUACAUCAAACCGCUAAAUGCACCUGUUGGACCGCGCCAGACAAAAUGCAAUAUUGCCAUGAAUCUCGAGCAAUACGAUCUGGACAAGGCUGUGAGUGUGCAGUGCAGCACAGCAACACCUGAUGUACCCAACGGCAGUAUAUUCCUUACAAAGACGAGAUAUUGCUUGAUGUGGGGACCGGGAAACAGUACACGACUUAUCAUGACCUUCACAGUAGAAUGGAGCGGAAAGAGCUGGCUGAAGGGUCCCAUUGAGAAGGGUGCGAAUGACGGUCAAAUGUCGUAUGCUACUUCCCUUACUGCCGCUCUCCGCACUGCCGUGAGCGCAGCGAAAGCCGGCCCAUCUCGGUUACCCGGAAAGGGCGGAAAAGGAAAGAGGCGCUCAAAGGGCAAUCUUUUGGAAGAGGCCCCAAUGCCUGCCGCCGCUCCCGCUCCUACUAGUCAAGCGAAGCAAAGCAAUUGGGGAUUGUUGGAACCUUUGCGCAGUCUCCUUGGUCCACUCGCCGAUAUCCUGGAGUCCAUUUUCACACCGCAGAUUAUCAUCUUCCUUAUGGGGGCCCUCCUUAUGUACACAUGGUUCUUCCGUGGUGGGUCUGCAGUCACCGGCCCAAACCAAUGGUCCACUGUUCAACGUCAAGUUGCGUAUGAAGAGAUUUGGCGUCAUGAAGAGUCGGAUCUAUGGAACUGGCUCGAAGAGAGAGUCGCCCUAGACAGAGUGCAAAGCUCUAUCGCUGGAUCGCGGAUCAAGCCAGAAGACGGAACGCAGAAGCCCCUAGCGCCCCAUGAUAUGCAAGCGCGGGAGAUGGACGAAGCGAUUCGCGUGACCGAAAAACGACUGAAAGCGCUGAAAGACGCAGUAACUCGCGAACGCUCCAAGUCCCGUACUAAAAGCCCGAAGGAGGAACAAACAUAA